CACUCAGAUGUGCUCUGUGGUUCAGAUAACACGCCCUAACAUAGACACUGGGUGAACUAUUCUUUUAACUACCAAAGGCAACUUUGAGAAGGAAGUGUAAAAGGAAGGAAGUGUAAAAGACAAAAUGGAGAAUGGAAGAGGACGAAAACGAAUCUGGAAGAAUCUCAUAAUUAUCAGAGGUUUGCCCGGAGUUGGAAAGAAGAACAAAGCAAGGAAGCUCCUCUAUGAAUUUGGAUCUGGAGGGAUGUACUCCGCUUCCGACUACCACGCCAUGUUCAACUGGAACAAAGACUACUUCUCACAAAACCACAUGUGGAAUAGACGGGAUGUCUUUAGAGCCAUGAAGGAAGAUGUGGAUCCGAUCAUCGUUUACAACUUGCACUAUCGUCUUCAAGACAUGUGGCCCUUUGUCGCCAUGGGGAUGCGUCGGGGUGACUAUCAAAUCAGUAUUAUUGAGCUUCCUGAAAACUAUGUCUCCAUCAACCAGCUGUACAGCAACUGUCUUGGUAAGAUCCGCAAGCAGAUGUUCAGGAACUGGGUGGAUUUCUGGGAAGAAGCUGACGACAUCUGGGAUGUCUAUCACGACAGCUACUCCAUAUACCGCUGGCAGAAUAGCAGAGAGGAAUGGAACUUCUAGUGAAGACACACACACACACAUUACCUCCAUUUUGUGUGAACAACUUUUUUAUUUUAUUUUUUUAUUAGCUUUUUUCUAAACGACACUUUUUAAAGAGUAUCGGUUACCUAGCAACCCCUAGAACCCAACGACAACGACUCUCACUGUUGUACUUGUCUUUCUUACACUGACGCCUGUUUUGGUUGUGUCUGAGGCGUUUUGGUAUAUCAUUUCGUCGAGCAGCUGCUCUUGAUCGUCGUCUUGAAGCCACUGGCGUUUUGAAGUUCAGAACGUGAAACUGUAAACUAUAUAUAUAUAUAUCCUAUAUAUAUAUCAAACUAUAUAGAAAUAAUUGUCCUCAGAUUUAAAAAAUAAAAAUAAAAAAAUAAAUCAGGAUUAGUGUUUUGGAUAUUUAUCAUCCUGAUCGAGGUGUAGAUUACAUCUCACAUUUCCAGUGUUCAAACAUGUUAACAGGGCUGUAUGUCUCAAUGGGACUCUGUGCAGCCAAUGGCAAUGUCCCCUUCGGGCAUAAUCUCGGGAGUCACUUGCGGAUUUGACAGCAAUAACGGAGUUUCACCUUAAAAAAAAAAAAAAUGAUUUGAAUUCAGUCCUAAAUCGCUCUGGAUAAGAGCAUCUGCUAAAAUGUCAAAUGUAUAUGUUUACAUAGCCUGGUCCCAUAUCUGUUGCGGUCUCGCCAACUGCUAUUGGUCAUUGGUGUGACCGUAGGCCCAUAGGAGUUGGCAAGAGGAUAGACUGCUCUGGGAUCAGGCUACAGUAGCCUGUGCUAAAGGAGUCUAAAGGAGUCAGACUUCUGAAUGGUUUUGAAUUGUUUUCGUGUUUGUAUGGUGCUUGAAACAGCAGUUUUGGGUUUGAUUCCAACCCUUAUAGUUUUACUGUGUGUGUAUUGCUUGAGAGUUGUUUAUUUUUUUUAAUGACGCCGACAUUAGACAGUGUUACAGAAACGGGACUGUGCUGUAGGCUACUAGAUUCAAGCAGACGUGAUGGAACUACGAGGACUACGUUUUCCGUACUUUUUACUGUCCAACAGAUCUGCAGAUUGACGUCUAAUAGUAUAAAGUUCCUUCGUUUCUGACCGGUUACAAAGUUUAAACUUUUUGUAAUUUUUUUUUUAACAAUAAUGUUUAAAGCUUUUGCCCCCCCCCCUCCCUCCCCCCGCUUUUCUACAAAUUGGCAUCUAUAAUGUUGUGUUUUUGCCUUCAAUAUGCUUUGUUACCAGCAAUAAAUAAUACUUUGAAAAUAAUUUGCUUUAA